UCAUUUUUCUCCCAAAAAAAAGAAAACAAUAAAUUUCGACCAAAACUCUUGCCAUCUUCGUCGUCUUUGUUCCCUUGGAGAUAAAAGAGGAGGAUGAGUUUCCAAGAUCUCGAAGCUGGCUCUCGAUUUCAGCAGCCUAAUCGUGGGAGGCAGCAGAGACCUCCCUCUCGUGGGGAUCCAUCUCAGGAGGUAGCCGCCGGGAUAUUCAGGAUCAGCACGGCUCUCAAUUCCUUCUUCCGCCUCGUUAAUUCCAUCGGAACCCCUAAGGAUACUCUCGAUUUGCGAGAUAAGCUGCAAAAGACAAGGUUACAGAUAUCAGAACUGGUGAAAAAUACUUCAGCUAAACUCAAAGAAGCCAGCGAAGCCGAUCUCCAUGGAGCAGCUAGUCCAAUUAAGAAGAUUGCGGAUGCUAAACUAGCGAAAGAUUUCCAAUCAGUUCUCAAAGAGUUUCAAAAAGCUCAGAGACUUGCUGCUGAAAGAGAAAUUACAUAUACUCCUGUCGUCACCAUAGAUAUCCCUACCAGUUAUAAUGCACAAGAACUGGAUACUGAAUCUUUAAGGACCUCCCAACAGCAAACUCUUCUUCUACAAUCAAGAAGGCAAGAAGUAGUGUUUCUAGAUAACGAGAUAACAUUCAACGAGGCAAUUAUCGAGGAAAGAGAGCAAGGAAUUAGAGAAAUCCAAGAACAGAUUGGUGAAGUGAACGAAAUCUUCAAAGAUCUGGCUGUUUUAGUGAACGACCAAGGAGUCAUGAUCGAUGACAUCAGCUCUAACAUUGAUAACUCACAAGCUGCAACUGCACAAGCCACUGCUCAACUCAGAAAAGCGGCUAAAAUUCAAAGAGCAAACUCAUCUUUGACAUGCCUUCUUAUUCUCAUUUUUGGGAUUGUUCUGCUCAUUGUCAUCAUCGUUGUCUUGGUCUGAGCAUCAAACUCCAAGCAUCAAGCGAAGACAGAGAGGACGAAAACUAUACAAAUUGCUCAUUAAAGAUAUAAACUAUUGUACAGAUUCUUUAUACUCCAUUUGUCUUUCCCAUGUAAUCGAAUUGAAUCUUAUUUCUAAUCGUGAGUGUUGUAUGUGUUAAUCCAUCUUAAAGAUCGUUAUAGCAAAAUAUAUAAUAAACACUA